CUUCCCACCAAGCUACCAUAAGUUUGAUCAAUAUCAGAAUGAAAAUGAAGGAUACACCAGAAAUUAUGAAUUUGAAAUCUGAACUUGAGCAAGAGAUAAAAUUUAGAGAUAAAAUGAUUGCUGAUAACAGAAAUUUAGAAUCUACUAUAUCAAAGCUUGAAAGAGAAUUGCAAUUUAUAAAAAAACAAGACCCAAACCUGAACCCUCCUAACCCUUCGUGUGAUGGCUACCAACGCUGGCAGGCUCAACUCAAGGCCAAUCACAAGCUUGAAAAGGAUAUCGCUUUGGAGACGGAAAGACUCCGGAUAUUAAAAGAUGCUGAAACGGAUAUAACAGAUUUGAACCUUGAUAACUUAUCACAGGCUGAGCUUGUGCGCAUUGUAAAGCAGUUGGAGAGGAUGAAAACUGACUUGAUCAGUAGUCUAAAUGAUACGGAGCAUCAACUAGAUGUACAGGCCAAGGAGUUCCAUAAACUGAAUGAGACAAGGAAGCUGUACCAAGCAGAACUUGAGUUACGUGAGCGAAGCAAAGGCGGACGACGUUUGGAGCGGCACGGAGGGUCUGUGGAGCACAUGUCCUCUAUGCACCGACGCUAAACAAGGGAACUAUGGGAGAUGUAGAAUCAUCAAGUGAAGGAAACUUGAUUUUUAAACAAAAAAUCCAGCACUUCAUGACAACAAAAACUGGUUGAUCCAUUAGAAUAGCAUAGCUCACAAAGUAUAAGAUAAGAAAUAAAUUAUCUGAUUUACUUGUUUUAGCAUCGAUACUAACUCAUGAAUAGUGAUCCUACAACGUCAUUUACUGAGAACUAAAUGUUUUAAAUUAGUUCAUCCUUCUUGUUCAUAAGAAUAAUUUUUACUUGCACAACCACGCCAACAAUAUUAUUAUUGCUUUGUUAGGUGCUUGGUGAGCUCACUUAUUGAUGAAAUUAUCUAGUAAAUUAU